AUGACAACUUGCAAGUUGAAGGAGGACAAUGAGAAUACGUCAGGGAAGAGCUCAGGGAAGGGUUCAGGGAAGAGUGGGAGCGUGUUAAAUCUGACUUGGCUGAAUGCUGUCAAAGUAUCCCUUCUGCUUCAUUUAUUCGAUGUCUCCAACUUCGGCAACUCUUCUCUUGGUGGUUUUGGACAGAUGGAAAUAGUGGAGCUCACGAAUGAUCACUCUCCCCACCUUGGAUGUACUAAUGCUAAAACUAUGGGAAAGAAUGAUGUGAGAAACUUCCGGCUUCACAUUCCAACCAAACUGUCCAAAGAUGUAUUUACCGGACAGAAACUAGAAGGAGAAUGUGGUGCUCGCAUUUCUGUUGCCUUGAUUGAUGCAGAUACAGGGGAGGUUGUUAAAUCAGGCCCGGAAUCCUCCAUUAAGUUGGACGUCGUUGUGCUUAAAAGUGACUUCAACAAAGAUGAAGAGGACAACUGGGCUCAAGAAGAGUUUGAGAACUACGUGGUUAAAGAACGUGAAGGAAAGGUGCUUUUGACAGGAGUUCGCCAGGUGACGCUCAAGGGAGGUGUUGGGGAGCUGGGAGAACUGGUAUUUAUGGACAAUUCCAGUUGGAACAGGAGUAAAAGAUUUAGGAUAGGGCUUAAGGUGGCAUCAGGUUAUUGUGGGAAUACACGAAUCCGGGAAGCAAAAACAGAUGCCUUUCGUGUCAAGGAACAUAGAGGAGAAUCAAACAGGAAACAUUAUCCACCUGCAUUUGAUGAUGAGGUCUGGAGGCUGGAGAAGAUUGCCAAAGAUGGGAAAUCUCACCAAAAAUUGAAGGAAGCCGGAAUACAUAAAGUGGGGGACUUUCUACAGCACCUGUCUACAGACUCCAAGAAACUGAGAGAGGUACUUGGAAAGAGAAUAACACAGAAGAACUGGGAAUCCCUCAAAGAUCAUGCAAAGACUUGCAAAUCCUCGAUAACUUAUUUGAACAAUCCUAAUGGCAUGAGGGAGCAUGCUGCUGCAUUCAGCACUGAUCAUGAACCAACCAGCCUAAUCGAAGACAAGAACCAUGAAGAUACAAUCGGGAAAACCUCAAGCUCUUUUCCAUCUCAAGUCUCUGACCAACAAACUGUAAAUCCCGCGCCUGUUCAACAUAAUAUGGCUCCAGGUACCUGUGCUCCUCCAGUUGGUCCGGAAGCUCCUCUGGCAAAUGCGGACUCCACUGCUGACGGACAUGAUGAUGUAACUGGUUUGCAAUCGUCAAUAGAGUCCCAAGGUACCAUGAAGGAUCCAGCUAAUGAAGCUCGCUCUCCGCAUCCGCUCAGACAUGUACGCCACGCGAGCGAUCUAAUUUCUCCAUUAAAUUGCCAAGCCACCAGGCCUAGCCAUAGGAUCGGUUCGUCAAGCCGAAUGCGCUGUCUACCCCAAUCUGCAGAGCGCUUGAAAGGUCUAACUUGUCCAGAAGAUAAUGGCAAUACUACUUUCGAAUCGCCACCACCGUUCCCACAUAAGAAUCUACUGGAUGCCCCGCGUAGGCGACUGUUCGAUCACAUCGGGGAAAUGAGCUCUCCGGAAAAUGGGCUUUAUCCCUUGUCCAAAAAACACCAUGUUUAUCAACCUGAAGACGAUCACGUGAUGGAAGAUUUGCCAUCCAAAUUUGCAGACGAUAGGACGAAUUCUGCGAAUCUACAAAAUAUUGACAUCUCUUUUCCUACCUCACCAUGGUACCGUGGUUUUGUUUAG